CACUCUUUUGCAUAUAAAAGAAGCCUGUGAGGGCCACCGGGGGCCAGAUAGCUUUUUGCAGACUCGUUCUUCCUCAAAUUGUCUCUCUCCUGAUAUUCGCAGACUUAAAUCCCUAGGUUUUUCUCGCUGCCAUGGCUCGCCGAAGCUCAGGAGGUCGAUCUGCUCGCCCAGCUCCUCGUCAUGCACCUGCACGCAACCCGCCUCAGCCUGUUCGCCAAGCUCCUCCUCCAGCUCCAGCUCAGCCUGGAAGUGGUGGAUCUAUGCUUUCGGGAAUUGGAUCAACCAUAGCCCAGGGUAUGGCUUUUGGUACUGGAAGUGCCGUGGCACACAGAGCUGUGGAUGCUGUGAUGGGUCCUCGCACUAUUCAACAUGAAGCUGUAGUCUCUGAGGCCACUGCUGCUGCUCCAGUCCCCAUGGUUAGCAGCAUGGGUGGCUCAGAUGCAUGCAGUAAUCACUCUAAGGCAUUCCAAGAUUGCGUCAACCACUUUGGAAGUGAUAUCAGCAAGUGCCAGUUCUACAUGGAUAUGCUAUCCGAGUGCAAGAGGAACUCCGGCGUGUUGAAUGCCUAAGCACGACUUCCUCUGCCAUACAAUGAAUUAUUACCUGCUUUAAAGUCUGAACGUUUUAUUCAUUCCUGUGCCUGUCAUGAUGGUGAAAUUAGUGAUCUAUUGUGGGGGAAAGGUUUAUAUAAAUCUUUGUAUGCAUGGGGAAACAUGCUGCAUUAAGUAGUGCCUUUUAUUUGAACUUGGUUCUUGUUUUGAGUAUUCAUGGUGGUAAAAUAAUGAUCUUUGGAGCUUA